GGCGUGUCGUCGACUCAUGGCUUUUGACUGAUUUUGGCAGCUUGCAAAGCCCAAACAGAACUUGUACUCUUCUAGCUGCUCUAUCUGAACUUCUCAUCAAACACACUGCAAACAUUACGGUAUCUCUUGCGUUGAUGUCUUGGUGAUCGACAGGAUGCAAGGGGAACACCAUGACCAUGUCCCUGUCUACGAGUCAGGCACCGAGGUGUUCCAAAAGCUUCAGGAGAAAUGGAAUUCCACCAAGCACAAGCGAUACCGCGCGAUGUACUCCAGCGUCGUCGGCGGAAUCAUCCUCGAUCCAUCGAUGAUGGUCAUCCCCAUCGACGAUCACAUGGUCCACAGAGGCCAUGGCGUCUUCGACACCGCCAUGCUUUCCGACGGGUACCUGUAUGAGCUGGAUUCGCACUUGGAUCGGCUGCUGCUAUCUGCAUCCAAAGCAAAGAUCAGCUCCCCAUUCUCCCGCGAAACACUUCGCGCCAUUUUGGUGCAGAUGACGGCUGCGUCCAAGUGCAGGAAUGGCUCGAUCAAGUACUGGCUCAGCGCCGGCCCCGGCGACUUCCUCCUCUCGCCAAAGGGCUGCACUGCGCCGGCGUUCUACGCCGUCGUCAUCGCGUCCGCCGCCGCCGCCGCCGCCGGCGGGCACCCGCGGCUCAGGGAGGGCGUGAGGGCGAUCACGUCGACGGUGCCGAUGAAGGACCCGUUCUUCGCGGCGAUGAAGAGCGUCAACUACCUGGCGAACGCGCUGGCCAUGGCGGAGGCAGAGGAGCGCGGCGCGUACGCGUCGGUGUGGGUGGACGGCGACGGGGGCGUGGCGGAGGGCCCGAUGAUGAACGUGGCGUUCGUCACGGGCGGCGGCGACCUGGUGGUGCCGGCGUUCGACAGGGUCCUCAGCGGGUGCACGGCGAGGCGGCUGCUCGCGCUGGCGCCCAGGCUGGUGGACGCCGGCGUGCUCAGGAGCGUCGGCGCGGCGAGGAUCUCCGCCGCCGACGCGAGGAGGUGCGCCGAGAUGAUGUUCGUCGGCAGCGGCCUCCCGUUGCUGCCCAUCGUCGAAUGGGACGGCCAGCCGGUUGGCGAUGGUCAAGUGGGGAAAAUUGCCCUUGCCCUAUCUGACAUGCUUUGCGAAGACAUCAAGGCCGGUCUCGACAGAGUACUUGUUCCUUAUGAUCAAGCGAGCUAGACGACGACUCAUAGAGCUUUGGAAGAUCAACUUUGUAUAAUAAUAAUAAUAAUGUAAUACUUCCAUUUAUGUGAACGAAAUUUUUCCGUAUUAUGAGUGGAGGAUCCGUCACAUUGACAGAAUUGAAUAUAGACUUAUUUUAUAAAA